GUCAAAUUAUAAUUUCUUAUUUUCCUGUCCCGUCCGUGAUUCGUCUUAAUAUUUUCAUUCCAUUUUGAGGAAUAUUGUGAUUCUUGGAGUUUGUGAGUGAAUAUUGUGAUCAAUUUUGCAAUUCUCUCACUUUUGCAGUAAUUGACCAAUUUAAGUUUCGAAGAUUAAUCCGCAAAUAUGACAACAGCAGCAAGGCCUACUUUCGACCCAGCGAGGGGAGGGACGGGUCGUGGUGAAAAAGACCUGAGCGCAAUAUCUCGUCAAUACUCCAGUCGAGAUCUACCAGGACACACUAAGCUCAAAUACAGGGAACAAGGACAGGGCACCACUGAUGAAUUACGUUCAAGGGAUUUCCGUAAAGAGUUAGACGAUAGGGAAAAGGAAGGCAAAAGCUCGAGCACAAGAAGAACUACUGAACCUCUAACUAAGAGACCUAAAAUUGACCAGGUGCCCGCAGCCAGCUUGGAUGCUGACGAUCCAUUGGAAGGAGACUCGUCAGACUCGGACGACUCUGAUGAUGACACUGCAGCAUUGCUAGCAGAGUUGAAUAAAAUUAAAAAGGAAAGAGCUAUUGAACAAGCGAAAAAGGAGGCUGAAAGAAAGCAGGAGGAAGAAAGAAUUCGUAUGGAGAAUAUUCUGUCUGGAAAUCCCUUACUGAAUUAUUCAUCAGCAGGACAAAAAAAUGAUUUAAAGGUGAAAAGGCGAUGGGAUGAUGAUGUAGUGUUUAAAAACUGUGCCCGAUCAGAGCCUGAGAAGAAAGGCAACACAUUCAUAAAUGAUUCUUUAAGAUCAGAAUUCCAUAAGAAAUUCAUGGAAAAGUAUGUAAAGUAGUGUCAGCCAAUUACAAUGUCAAUUUGUACAAUAUUAAUUUUAUUCAGAUGAUUACAGUACACGUGUUAAUCAUAGCUGUUCAUUUUGAGGUAUUUUAAUUGGCUAGCUAGGUGUGAAAAUAUUUUGUUUUUUUUAUUAUUUUAAAUUACAUUGCGUCUAAUUAACAUUACAUGGGGCUAAGCUUACCAAGCACAUAUGGAGAAAUCCUGGUUGAUGUGGUUAGUGCUACAGUAUGUUUCAAUGUGAAUACUAAGCGUGCUGAUGUUGCAUUGCUGCUAUGCAGAAUAUCAUAGAACUUGUCCAAUAUUGUAUCCAAAUCAUAGACAUCCUUUUUAUAAUUUAAAUAACUUUCUAGAACUUUUGACUGGUUUUAUUUGUUGUAAAAACAACACAACAACUUUUGUAUGUUAAAUACAUAUAGGUCAUAAAGCAAAAUGUGUUGCAAUUAUAAUUAUUGUACUUCUUUUUGUUUUUGUAACUUUCUACGAAAUAAGUACUUUUAUAAGAUUUAUGUAAUAAGUAUUAGUAAGUAAGUAUUAAAAUAAGUUCCAUAAUAAAAACAAUUCUUAAGCUAA